AUGCCAACACCUUCUACAUACCCUGAUAUCUACAACGGUGUACUCAGCGUGGAUGAGCAUGGCUUCUUAUCCUGUCAACUUGCAUCUGGCCCGGACAUCGCUACCGCCUCUAUCACUGAUGUCCCUACUGCUGAUAUGAGUCGAGCUGCAUACGAGGCAGAUGUUCGAACUGCCAAUACUCUCAUUCGUGCUGAAUAUGUUCGAAGACUAAGAAGAGUCCCUGGCGCACCGAUUCAACUUGUCAAUACUAUUGAUGCAUCAACGCCUUCGCUCCGCUUCCGCUAUAUUCCCCAAUAUGUACUGGCCAAAGGUGUCUAUCAGUACGGUCUAGAUACAGCGACAGGAUGCCAGCGAUGCUCCCCCCGCAUGGGUCGCGAUAUUGGUUGCGAGUACACAAAGACGUGUGACUGUCUGGAGUAUGCUGCCGUUGAUGAAGCUCGGCUUAGCGAGCAACAGCAAGAGGUCUACAAGCGGUGCAAAGCCGAAGGUCUCUCAACUAUGGGUCUUCCCAAAAAAUUCCCUUACUUCACCGAGGGUACAAAGAUUCAACACGCUGGAGCUCUGGUACCGUUCUAUCUUCACUCUCGUCGACCAAUCUACGAGUGCAACGACAAUUGCCGUUGUGGUCCAAACUGCCGUUCCAAAAAGGUACAAUUCGGUCGUAAAGUAGAAGUGGAGAUCUUCAAGACGGAAAGCGGCAGAGGCUGGGGCCUGCGAUGCACUCAGGACUUGCAUCAAGGACAAUUCAUCGACACCUACCGUGGCGAGGUGAUCACGGACGAGGAGGCCACUCGUCGAGAAAACACGUCUUCCAAGGCAAAGGCAUCAUACUUGUAUUCGCUUGACAAGUUUGAGGAUGACAUGCAACACGAGGCCUAUGUGGUGGAUGGUGAAUUUAUGGGUGGCCCAACGAAGUUCAUCAACCACUCUUGCGAGCCUAACUGCCGCCAAUAUACAGUCAGCUACAACAAGAACGACCCGCACGUCUAUGACAUCGCCUUCUUCGCUUGUCGCGACAUUCCGGCUUACGAAGAGCUGAUGUUCGACUAUCUCGAUAAGGACGAGAAUGAGGAGAUGGAAGACCCUGGGGAAGAUGCAAUCCCAUGUCUUUGCGGGACCGCGAAGUGCCGCAAGUGGUUGUGGACCUAG